AUGGCCGCGGAUGCUAUUUGUACGAAAAUUAGUGCAACGGCAAAUUUGCACUGGGCAGAUAUUUUGACCAUUACACUGUAUUUUGUUGUGGUUUUUGUAGUAGGAUUACUAGCUACCUUCAGAGCAAGUCGUAACCAAGAUGCCAGUGGGUAUUUUUUGGCGGGAAAAUCUAUGACGUUUUUUCCGAUAGGUGCCAGUAUAUUUGCCAGUAAUAUUGGAGCACCAGUUUUUGUUGGUUUAUCUGGUACUGCUGCAGCUUCUGGUAUUGGUGGUAUGAUAUUCGAAUGGCAUGCUAUACCAUUUAUACUGAUGUUAGCAUGGAUUUUUGUUCCUGUUUUCACGGCCUCUGGGGUAUAUACCAUGCCCGAGUAUUUAAAGAAACGUUAUGGUGGAACAAGAUUAAGAGUAUAUUUAUCUGUUUUAUCAAUUGUACUAUAUAUCAUUACCAAAAUAUCGGUAGAGAUGUAUGCUGGUGCUGUAUUUGUUCAAAUGUUAUUAGGUUGGAGUAUGUAUGCUUCUGGUAUCCUCGUUCUGGUUUUCUCUGCUGCUUUUACUAUGACUGGAGGAUUAACAGCUGUAAUAUUUACAGAUACUCUACAGACAAUAGUAUUAACAGUUGGUGCUCUAGUUCUGUUAUUUACAGGUUUGAGUGAAAUUGGUGGAUAUGAUUAUUUACAAAGUAAAUACAUGCAAGCUGUACCUAAUACAACAUUGUAUGGUAAUACAACUUGUGGUGUUCCUAGACCAGAUUCAUUCAGUGUUCUCAGAGAUCCUCUAACAUCCGACUACCCGUGGCCUGGUACUCUUAUAUUUAAUAUACCUAGUGAUAUCUGGUUCUGGUGUUCUGAUCAGAUAAUGGUACAGCGAAGUUUAUCAGCUAAAAAUCUAUCACAUGCUAAAGGCGGCUCUGUUGUAGCAAGUUAUUUAAAGAUUUUACCAUUCUUUUUAUUUGUAAUACCGGGUAUGAUCGCUAGGAUAUUGUAUCCAGAUGAAAUAGCCUGUGCAGAUCCUGAUAUAUGUUCAUGUAUUUGUGAUAAUCCUGCAGGCUGUUCGAAUAUAGCCUAUCCUUUAUUGGUAUUGAGGAUUCUGUCACCAGGUUUACGAGGUCUGAUGUUAGCUGCACUAUUUGCUGCUGUGAUGAGUACCUUGACAUCUGUAUUUAACAGUGCCAGCUCUAUCUUUACAAUGGAUCUAUGGAGAAGAUGUAGAAAGCAUGCUAAAGACUGGGAACUGUUAUUAGUUGGAAGAUUAGUAGUUCUAGUUCUUGUAGGACUAUCUAUAGUAUGGAUACCUAUCAUGCAGGCAGCUCAAGGUGCCCAACUAUGGCAGUAUUGGCAAGGGAUGAUGAGUGCUGUUGGUCCGCCAUGGGCAAUGGUGUUUAUCAUGGGAUUCUUUUGGAAAAGAACAUCGGAACAGGGAGCAUUUUAUGGAAUGUUAGCAGGACAAGCACUAGGUUUUGUCAGAUUAAUAAUGUCCUUUGUUCUUCCUGCACCACCAUGUGGUACUCCAGAUGAUCGACCAUAUUUUCUUAAAAUACACUUCCUAUAUGUGGCUGCUAUGGAAACAGCAGUAGCUGGUAUUAUUAUGGUCAUUGUCAGUUUGAGAACCAAAACCAGACCAAAAUCUAAGUUACAUCGUGUUACAUGGUGGACAAGAAAUGAUGAUGAAAUGCCCGAAUUAACUGAUGAUGAAGAUGAUAAUGCCAAUGAAGAUUAUAAUCCUGUACAAAUUAGGAAAGAACGCAGUGCUUGGGUAAGAAGACUCAUGGUUUGUUGUGGUAUGCCUGAUGAUAGACCUGUCAGAAGAAGUCCAGAAGAAAUUAAAGCUAUGCAAGAAAAAAUGUUCUCGAUCAAAGAAAGUCCGAAAUGGAGAUCCUUCCUGGAUAUAAAUGGUGUCAUUCUUAUAGCUAUUACUGCUUUUAUCAUCGGUUUUUAUCAUUAAAAUACAACUUGACUAUAGUGUACUUUAGUUCUUUAUGAUACAAUAUUACUAGUAAGAAUAAAUUUUUUCUACGUUA